CGGUCCGCGAUGGCUGCCGAGAAGGGGGCCGGAAGUGCCUCCGCUGGUGGCGGCUGUGGCUCGGGAGACAUGGAGCGAAUUCUACCUAUGUUGUUGGUGCCGGUCCCCUCCGAGGCAACGGGGCGGCUGGGAUCUCGGGCGCAACUGCACCGAGACCAAGAGGUCCUGGCGAGCCUGACUGCCGCAGGCAGCCUUCAAGUGCUUUCCUUGGCGCCGGGCGACCCCGGAGGGGGCGGCUGCUGCCUCGACGGCCCAUUUCGGCACUUUGUUUGGGAGGAUUCUCAUAAUAGUGGCACACCAGCAGACAAACCCAGGUUGCUUGCUCUUACUGAAAAUUAUGAACUGUUCAUCUAUGAAUUUAAUUUAAAAGAUGGAAGAUGUGAUGUAACCAUUUUGUAUAGCUGUAAUGAGGAGACAUUGCAAAAACUCAUUGAAGAGCAGCAUAUCAGUACUUCCUUAUUAUCUUUGAGAAUUUUGUCAUUUCAUGAUAACACGUCGUUAUUGUUCAUCAACAAAUGCAUCAUUCUACAUCUUAUAUUCCCUGAAAGAGAUGCUGAAAUUAGAGUACUCAACUGUUUCACAUUGCCUUUGCCUGCACCGGCAGUGGACAGGAUUAUUGACACGCAGCUCUGCAGAGGAAUUCUUUUUGUUUUGAGUAGUUUAGGUUGGAUCUACAUUUUUGACAUUGUGGAUGGUACACAUGUAGCUCAUGUGGAUCUAACACUUCACCAAGAAGAUAUGUGUGAUGAGGAGCACCAUGGGCCAGCCAGGAUUUCUUCCUUUUCUUCACUGAAAGUGUCUCAAGACCUAGAUGUUGCAGUGAUUAUCAGCUCCUCCAACUCUGCAAUUGCUGUUAAUUUAAGUUUGUAUUUCAGGCAACACCCAGGACACCUUCUGUGUGAAAGAACUCUAGAAGACCUUCCUGUUGAAGGACCAAAGGGGAUUGAUGAAGAUGAUCCUGCUAACUCCUACUACAACAUGAAACUGACAAAAUUCUCCUUCCAAGUUGAUAGGUCUUGGAAAGCCCAGCUGUCGUCAUUGGAUGAAACAGUAAAGAACUCUAAACUGGAGAUUUCCCACUGUGCUCCUUGGUUCCAAGGUUUAUUGCGUUCGGAUUCCCCGGAAUGUGUUACUCAUAGUACCAGUAUGCCGCUCUGGGACUUCAUGUCACAAGACAUAAUGUCCAAUCAAUGUAAUUUUCCACAGAAAGAUCAUGACAAGAAUGGUGAUCCGGGAAAAUCAUGGAAGAUAAUGCACAUCAGUGAGAAGGAUCCUGUCAAACUAAAAUGUUUGUCUGUGACAAGGUUCACUGCUCUCUUUACUUGGGCAGUGGAAGGAACAGGCUGCACCAUUGUCCUUUGGGAUUUGGAGUCCCAGGCCAUGCAGCAUUUUUCCUAUCACAAAAUGUGUAUUCCUGUAGACAGUAGUGGAGACCAGCAACUAUGCUUUGUUUUGACAGAAAAUGGACUCUCUCUGAUUUUGUUUGGAUUGACUCAAGAGGAAUUUUUAAAUAGACUAAUGAUCCAUGGAAAUGCCAGCACUGUGGAUUCGCUCUGCCAUCUCAAUGGUUGGGGGAGGUGCUCAAUCCCCAUACAUGCAUUAGAGGCUGGAAUAGAAAAUCGUCAGCUGGACACAGUAGAUUUCUUUUUGAAGAGCAAGGAAAAUCUUUUAAAUCCAUCUUCAAAAUCUUCUGUACUUGACCAGUUUAAUCACUUUCCAUCCCACCUAUAUCUAAGAAAUGUCGAAGAGUUGACCCCAGCAUUGGAUUUACUGUGCUCAUCAAUUAGAGAAAGUGAUUCUGAAACCCAGAGCAAACACUUUUCAGAACAAUUGCUUAAUCUUACGCUGUCUUUUCUUAACAAACAAAUAAGAGACCUUUUUGUUCAUAAUAAAGAGUUAGAUGAACAGCUACAGAAAGGAGUGGACAUUCUGUCCAAAUACAUUAAUGAACUUCGGACCUUUAUGAUAAAGUUUCCUUGGAAGCUAACAGAUGCUUUAAGUGAAUGUGAUGUAAAUGAAAAUGUCUUGACAGUAAAGGAGAGCAGUAUGUGGGAGAAACUCAGCACUGAGGAAGUUAUUGCCAAUGCCAUUUUAAACAACAAAAUACCAGAGGCACAAACAUUCUUCCGGAUUAGAAGUCAUUCUGCUCAAAAACUUGAGGAACUGAUUAGAGUAGGCCUAGGUUUGGUCUUUGACAAUUUAAAGAACAACAAUAUAAAGGAAGCCUCUGAACUUUUGAAGAAUAUGGGCUUUGAUGUAAAAGACCAGUUGCUUAGGAUAUGCUUUUAUACAACUGAUAAAAAUAUACGGAACUUUCUGGUUGAAAUCUUAGGAGAAAAAAAUUACUUUUCUGAAAAAGAUAAAAGAACUAUAGACAUUGUUCAUCAAGUUGAGAAGUUAUAUUCAGGACAUUACCAAGAAAAUGUGCAGAUCCAGUCCUUUCCCAGGUUUUGGAGAAAGGAACAAGACUUUUUCAAGCACAAAUCUAUUUUGGACUCAUUCCUGAAGAAUGAUCAGAAAGAUAGAUUUAAAAAACAAGAUCAUAGAAUUGUGUUAAAUUGGGCACAGUCGUGGAAUCAACUGACACAAGAGUCUGUCCUUCUCCCCAAGAUAAAUCCAGAAGAGUACAAAUCAUAUUCCCCUGAAGCCCUCUGGAGAUACCUAACAGUUCGUCAUGAUUGGUUAAAUAUUAUCUUGUGGAUUGAAGAAUUUCAGACCCAGAAGAGUUCCAUCUCACUCCAGCAGAGCAAAUGGCCCCCUCUGACCAUUGAUGUUAUUGAUCAAAAUACUUGCUGCAACAAAUAUAUGAAGAAUGAAAUUUUGAAUAAACUGGCUAGGAAUGGAAUUUUUCUUACAUCUGAACUGCAAGACUUUGAACUCUUCCUUCUAAGACUGAACUGUGUUGGGGGUGUGAUGCAAGAUUCUCUUCCUAUUCAGAACUACAGGUCCAAAGAAGGUUGGGAUUUCCAUUCUCUCUUCAUUCUCUAUUGUUUGGAGCACAGUUUGCAGUAUCUGCUCUACAUCUAUCUUGACUAUUACAAACUUAGUCCAUCAAAUUGUUCCUUUUUGGAAAAAAAAGAAUUACAUGAAGCUUACCCUUGGUUUGAAUUUUUAGUUCAGUGUCGUCAAGUUUCCAGUCAUUUAACAGAUCCAAAAUUGAUUUUCCAGGCUAGCCUUGCAAAUGCUCAGAUACUGAUUCCUAGCAAUCAGGCCAGCAUAAGCAGCAUGCUAUUGGAAGGACAUACCCUCCUGGCUCUUGCUACCACAAUGUAUGGCCCUGGGGGUGUCAGCCAGGUUGUUCAGAAUGAAGAAAAAGAGAACUGUGUGAAGAAAGUGGAUCCCCAACUACUGAAGGUGGCAUUAACUCCUUAUCCCAAGUUAAAAACUGCUCUCUUUCCACAGUAUACUGCCCCUAGUAUCCUGCCACCAGAUAUCACACUCUAUCACCUCAUUCAGUCACUGUUGCCCUUUGAUCCUAGCAGAUUGUUUGGCUGGCAAUCUACCAACACACUCGCAAUAGGAGAUGCAGCAAGUCAUCUCCCACAUUUUUCUAGCCCUGAUCUGGUUAAUAAAUACGCUAUUUUGGAACGUCUGAAUUUUGCUUAUUAUUUGCAUCAUGGACGGCCAUCAUUCGCAUUUGGUACUUUUCUUGUCCAGGAGUUAGCCAAGAGCAAGAGUCCCAAGCAACUGAUCCAGCAAGUAGGUACGGAAGCCUAUGUUUUAGGACUGUCCUCCUUCUACAUACCUUCAAUAGGAGCUGCCUGUGUUUGUUUCUUAGAAUUACUUGGCCUCGACAGCCUCAAGCUUAGAGUUGAUAUGAAAGUGGCCAAUACAAUUUUGAGCUACAAGUGUAAAAAUGAAGAUGCUCAAUACAGCUUUAUCAGAGAGUCUCUAGCUGAAAAACUGUCUAAACUGGCUGCAGGUGAGAAGGCAACCACAGAAGAAUUGCUUGUUCUCUUAGAAGAAAGUAUAUGGAACAGCAUUCAGCAACAGGAAAUAAAGAGAUUAUCCAGUGAUUCUAGCAGCCAGUGGGCCUUGGUGGUACAGUUCUGCAGGCUCCAUAAUGUGAAACUGAGCAUGUCUUACCUGAUGGAAUGUGCAAAAGCAAAUGAUUGGUUACAGUUCAUUAUUCAUAGCCAGCUCUAUAAUUACCAUCCAGAAGAGGUGAAAGCUCUUCUCCAUUAUUUUAGUCCUGUCCUUCAAGACCACUUGAAGUUGGCUUUUGAGAACUUGCUUCCAGAGUCAAACUCCAGAGUGGACAGUGAUCCAGUCUGCACCAAGUCUCCUCACACACUUCAGAGAAGCAAAGAAGAGACAACCGGUCUCUUUGAAAUUCUGCUUCAGUGUUCAGAGGAGCCAGAUUCCUGGUGUUGGCUCCUGGCUGAAGCAGUGAGACAACAGGCCCCUGUCCUUAGUGUCCUGGCCUCCUGUCUCCAGGACGCCAGUGCCAUUCCUUGUGUCUGUGUUUGGAUCAUCACUUCUCUGGAAGACAGUGUUGCAGCUGAAGCAGUAGGUCACAUUCAGGGCUCAGUGGAAGGCCACACCUGGGACCUAAAGGACCUUUCCAUUAUCUGGAGAACAUUAUUGACAAGGCAGAAGAGCAAAACUCUCAUCAGAGGUUUCCAGUUGUUCUUUAAGGAUUCCCCACUGCUGUUGAUGAUGGAGAUGUAUGAACUUGGUAUGUUCUUUAAGAAUUAUAAGGCAGCAGAAGCAAAACUUCUGGAGUUCCAAAAGACCUUGGAAAUUCCUGAAACAAUAGCCCCAGGGGCCAAUGUUCUCCCUGCUCCAUGGCUGAAGGAGCAGGUGCAUUUCCUUCUGAAGCUCAUGCUGCAGCAGUGUCGGACCCAGUAUGAGCUAGGGAAGCUUUUGCAGUUGUUUGUUGGAAUAGAGCAUCUCUUCUUUGAUGGUCCAGAUAUUAAAAAGCUGUAUAAUCUUAGCCAGAUUUUGAAGGAGACAUCCAUUGCAAUUAAUCAUGUAAUUAUUAACAGCUACACCCUUGAGAAUUUUCAACAUGAAUGUAGAUCUAUUUUGGAAAAAUUGGAGACAGAUGGAGAGUUUGCCUUGGCCAGGAAAAUCGCAGAAUUAGCCGAGUUACCUGUGGACCACUUGGUUGUUGAAGAGAUAACUCGGGAAAUGCAGACCUUAAAACAUGUUGAACAGUGGUCUCUGAAACAAGCAAGAAUUGAUUUCUGGAAAAAAUGCCAUGAGAAUUUCAAGAAGAAUUCCAUUUCAAACAGAGCAGCUUCUUCCUUUUUCUCAGCCCAGGCCCUGGCGGCUUGUGAGUGCCCAGCCACCACGGGGCAGAGCAGCCCUGAGGAGCGCCACCUGCUGCUCACCUUGGCAGGGCACUGGCUUGCCCAGGAGGACGUGGUGCCACUGGAGGAGCUGGAGGGGCUGGAGAAGCAGAUCUGGCUCUGCCGUAUUUCCCAGCACACCCGUGGAGAAAACGCUGAGGAAAGAGAGCCCAGGUUUGCUCGACAGAUUUCGACUAGUGGUGAACUUUCUUUUGACAGCUUAGCCAGUGAAUUUUCAUUCUCCAAAUUGGCUGCUCUGAACACAUCUAAAUAUUUGGAACUUAGCGGCCUUCCAUCCAGAGAGACUUGUGAGAACAGCCUAAAUUGGAAGGAGCUGGAGUCACUUAACUUUCUGAUUGGGCGCCUGUUGGAUGAUGGCUGUGUGCACGAAGCAAGUAGAGUGUGCUGUUAUUUUAAUUUCUAUAGCCAAGAUGUUGCAUUGGUGUUGCACUGCAGAGCUCUAGCUUCGGGGGAAGCUAGGAUGGAAGACCUUCAUCCAGAGUUCCAGGCUCUCCUGCAGUGUUCAGAGCUGCCUGAAGAGGAAGAACCAGGUGUUCCUCUCCGGAAAGUCCAAAGCACCUCAAGCUUGGACAGCGAGUCGUUUGUGAUGCUGCCUUCCCCCGAUGAAGUGGUGACCAGCCUGGAGACCCUGACUGCCAAAUGCUUGCAUGGGAAGAACUACUGCCGGCAGGUUCUCUGUCUCUAUGAACUGGCUAAGGAGCUGGGCUGUUCCUACACGGAUGUCGCUGCCCGGGAUGGGGAGGCCAUGCUCCAGGCAAUCCUGGCCUCUCAGCGGCCUGACAGAUGCAAGCGAGCCCAGGCGUUCAUCAGCACUCAGGGCCUUGAGCCAGACACAGUGGCUGAACUUGUGGCCGAAGAGGUGACACAGGAGCUGCUGACCUCAUCUGAGGGCACAGGACACAAACAUGUGUUCACCCCAGCAGAGGAGAGCCACAUGUUUCUCCAGCUCACCACUCUGUGUCAAGACCGCACAUUGCUAGGCAUGAAGUUGCUGGAUAAGAUUUCUUCUGUUCCUCAUGGGGAACUGGCUUGCACCACAGAACUGCUGAUCCUGGCCCACCACUGCUUCACACUGACCUGCCACAUGGAGGGAAUCAUCAGAGUCCUGCAGGCUGCCCGGCUGCUGACUGACAACCAUUUGGCUCCCAAUGAGGAGUACGGACUUGUGGUGCGUCUCCUCACUGGCAUUGGAAGGUACAACGAGAUGACAUAUAUAUUUGAUUUGCUCCAUAAAAAGCACUACUUCGAAGUACUAAUGAGGAAGAAAUUGGAUCCGAGUGGUACCUUGAAGACAGCUCUGCUUGACUACAUCAAACGCUGCCGCCCUGGGGACAGCGAGAAGCACAAUAUGAUCGCGCUGUGCUUCAGCAUGUGUCGGGAGAUUGGGGAGAACCACGAGGCAGCUGCCCGCAUCCAACUGAAACUGAUUGAGUCUCAACCCUGGGAGGACAACCUCAAAGAUGGUCCCCAACUGAAGCAGCUGCUGCUGAAGGCUCUGACUCUGAUGCUGGAUGCAGCAGAGAGUUAUGCCAAGGACUCUUGUGUGCGACAGGCUUUGCACUGUCACCGGCUUACCAAGCUGAUAACACUGCAAAUUCACUUUUUGAACACUGGUCAGAACACAAUGCUCAUCAACCUGGGCCGCCACAGACUGACGGACUGUAUCAUGACCCUUCCUCGGUUCUAUCAGGCUUCUAUUGUGGCUGAGGCAUAUGACUUCAUUCCUGAUUGGGCUGAAAUUCUAUACCAACAAGUGAUUCUUAAAGGAGACUUCAAUUAUUUAGAAGAAUUUAAGCAGCAACGGUUAUUAAGCUCCAAUAUAUUUGAAGAAAUUUCAAAGAAAUAUAAACAUCAGCCUGCCACCUCUGACACAGUUAUGAAAAAUCUGAAGAAGUUACUUACAUACUGUGAAGAUAUCAAUUUGUAUUACAAGUUGGCUUGUGAAAACAAAUUUUAUGACAUUGUAAAUAUGCUUCUGAAGGACCCUCAGACGGGGUGCUAUCUAAAGGACAUGCUAGCAGGUCAAAUUAAUUUAAUAAACUAAAAACACCGUAUUGAGAGAAAUGGCCCGCUGAUGUCACCAGAAUGCCAAAGGAGUGAAGACUAUUCUAAAAAAUGAUUUGCCCAAGAAAAGAUGGCAGUUAAAUGAGAAAUGAGGAAAAACCCUAAACCAAAACAGUUUCUGUAUUCUGCUAAUUCCUGAAGCUAAGCAAAACUGAAACUGAAACAUGUCUUAAAUCCCAAUAGAAAACCGCACCUGGCCAGGAACCUAAACUACUCCAGAUUCUCCUCUAGUUUCAGGUAAAUUAGUUAUUAAUAAUAUAUAAAUGAUUCAAAUGAUUUUAGCAUGAAAAAUGCAAGAUUAAAAUCCUAUUAACCAAACAAGUGUAUAAAAUCUAAGUGUUUUAGAUUCAGACCAUCUAAAACACUUAGAUUUUAUGGGUAUCCUAUUAACUUCCUCUUGAAUAAACAUCUGCAGCUUAUAACACCCUAUGGAGACACAGGAUAAUAGAGUGCCAUGUGCAAUUAGAUGAGGGCAGUUGAGGCAAAAUAAUCAGACAACAGUACACAAGGUAGUCACUGCAAGUCUUUUUUCCUUUUUAAAAAUCAUCUAUCUAUCCAUCUAUCCAUCUAUCUAUCUAUCUAUCUAUCUAUCUAUCUAUCUAUCUAUCUAUCUAUCUAUUUGGGGGGGGGGAGGAUCACGCCCAGCAAUGCUCAGGGGUAAGUUAUUCCUGGCUCUGCAUUCAGGAAUUACUCCUGGCGGUGCUUGGGGAACUAUAUGGGAUGAUGGAAAUAGAACCCAGGUCGACUCAGUGCAAGGCAAAUGCCCUACCCACUGUACUAUCGCUCCACCCCCAGUCCUUGCAACUCUUGACUGCUCACAACCCACUGAAAAAUAAAGUCUUAUAAAGAAUAAUAAUGUAAAGGAAAGUGAUCACUAGUGUCUACUUCAUCCACUUAAGAGAGCAAAGAUGUGGGAUUGGAGAGAUGGUAUAGCGGAUAAGAUGCUUGGCCUUUCACGAAGCCAACCCAGAUUUGAUCCCCAGCAUCCCCAAGACCCACCAGGAGUGAUCCAAAACUGAAAAACAGGGGACGGACACAAAGAUGGGGCUGGAGCUUUAAUACAGCAAAUAAGGCAAUUUCCCUGUGCACAACUGACCAGGUUCAAUCCCUGGCACCACACAUCGUCCCCUGAGCCAACCAGGAGUGAUCCCCAAAUGCAGAACCAUGGGUAAACCCUAAGCAUAGCCAUUCUCUUAGUUUACCUUUUGGUGUGAUGUUGACUGUCACCCUAGAACACUGUAAUAUUUAAGUAUUUAACAGAUCCAGAGUGUGGAUCACACACUAAGCAGAGUUAUAGGUACAGCACAUAGAACUGGAAGUUCUCUUACAAACAGCAUGAUGAGGGCCAAGAAGGGUAAUGAAAAUUACAGUGGCCACAAGAAUGUACUGCCACAGAAGAACGCAUGCCUCCACAGGACAGACCAGUAGUCUAAUGAGUUGUAUCUGACCUAAGACAAAGGUUCAUUCUAUAGUCCAAUAUAUAAAUCUCAAAGCUACAGAAAUACAGAACUAUUUUAUCCAAAUUUCAUCCAGCUGAUACGAAACAGCACUAUACUUUUGAUGCAAAAACAUUCAAAAAUUUGAACAUGUAUCACACUCAAUCUGAAGUAAUGAAAUCUCAAAAUAUCAAGAUCUAAACUGCUUCUAACACUGUUUCCUCAAAAAAAAAGUUUGGGAACUUGCAAAAUAAAAAUUUCCAUAGUUUUCACUUGUAAUUUAAGUAUUGUGAUUGCAAUC